AUGGGAAUUCCUGGAUUUUUUAAAUGGUUAACAAAUAAAGAUAAUUAUCCAAAUAUAAAAAGAUUUUGCAUCGAAGAUGAACCAUCAUAUGAUGAACAUGGUGUUUAUCAACCAUUAGAUGAAACAAAGAAAAAUCCAAAUAAUAUUGAAUUCGAUAAUCUAUACUUAGAUAUGAAUGAAAUUAUUUAUUCAGCUGUAAGAUCAAAUAAUGGUUCAGAAAUAAAGACUGAAGAUGAAAUUAUCCUAUUAAUUUUUAAUUAUAUUGAUCGAAUAUUUUCAAUUGUUCGACCACGUAAAUUACUCUAUAUAGCUAUGGAUGGUGUUGCACCAAGAGCUAAAUUACAUAAUCAACGUACAAAACGUUUUCUUCAAGUUAAAGAUACUAUUGAAAAAACAAAACAAAUCGAACGAAUUAAACGUGAAAUACUUGCUAAUGGUGGUCUUUUACCUAAAGAUAAUCAUCAAAAAGAACAAAUAAAACUUUUCGAUGAAAAUUGUAUUACACCAGGUACACCAUUUAUGUCAAAAUUAUCCGAUUGUCUUCUAUAUUAUAUAUAUAAUCGUAUGAAUAGAAAUCUAGCUUGGCAAUCAAUAAUAGUUAUUUUUUCUAAUGCAAAUGAACCUGGUGAAGGUGAACAUAAAAUAAUAAAUUUUAUACGUCAACAACUUACACAGUUAGAUUAUAAUAAAAAUAUACAUCAUGUUUUAUAUGGUACUGAUGCUGAUUUAAUUAUACUUGGUUUAACAUUAGAUGAAUGUCAUAUAACAAUAAUACGUAAUGAAUUUAAACCAAGUCAACCACGUCCAUGUGAAAUAUGUCAACAAUUUGGUCAUGAUAUAAUAACAUGUAAAGGUAUUACUACUAAAGAAAAAUAUGAUCAACAAUUAAAUUCUAUUAAAACAAAAUAUAUAUUUGUUGAUCUUUCAUUAUUACGUGAUGAACUUUAUCAAUCUUUAGAAAUAGAUAAACAAUUAUUAUUUAAAUGGGAUCAUAAACGUUUUCUUAAUGAUUGGAUAUUUAUAUGUAUAUUAGUUGGAAAUGAUUUCUUACCAAAUUUAUCAUCAUGUGAAAUACAUGAAGAUAUUAUUAAACUUCUUAUAAAUAUAUAUAAAGAAAAUGUAUUGAAAUCAAAUUAUUAUUUAACAGAAAAUGGUAUAUUAAAUUUGGCAAAUGUUGAAAUAUUUUUAAAAGAUUUCAGUAAAAUGGAAGAAAAAAUAUUUAAGAAUCGACAUGAAAUUAAUCAACAGAAAGAACAACAACAAAAUCUAAAUCAAUCAAUUUAUAAUCGAAUAUUUUCAAUAGAUAAAUUCAAACAUGAACUUGUACCUAAAGGGGCACCACUUCCACCAUUUAAACCAAAAUGGGCACAAAAGAAUUCUCCUACAUUUGAUAACAAUUCGACAUCAAUUGUUAUACAUGCGAAUCGAACACAAGAUAUUAAUUCUUCAACAACAAGUUCAUCAAUUAAUAUUUUAACAAAUCAAUCAUCUAGUGAAAUGAAACAAAAACUAUCUAAUUUAUCACUAAUAACAAAUCGACAAAUAGAAGAUAAUACUUCAGAUAAUGAUGUUCGACUUUGGGAAGACGAUUGGCAUAAACAAUAUUAUACAAAGAAAUUUGGUGUAGAUCCAAAAGAUAUAGAAAAAUUUUCUUUACAAAUUGCUCAAGAAUAUGCUCAAGGUCUACGUUGGAUUUUUCAAUAUUAUUUUCAAGGUGUACCAUCAUGGGAUUGGUAUUAUCCUUAUCAUUAUGCUCCAUUUGUUUCUGAUUUUUUUAAAAUGAAAAUUUUAUCUUAUAAUUUUAAUAAAGAUUCAAAACCAUUUAAACCAUUAGAACAAUUAAUAUCGAUAAUUCCAUCACAAUGUUCAAAAGAAUAUCUUCCUAAUGAAUGGUAUUCAUUAACAAUAAAAAAAGAUUCACAAAUUAUUGAUUAUUAUCCAUUAAAUUUUAAUACGGAUUUAAAUGGUAAACGUUUUGAAUCACAACGUAUUGCUCUAAUACCAUUUGUCGAUGAAAAACGUUUACAUAGAGUUCUUAAAAAUUAUUAUUCAUUAUUAACAAUCGAAGAACAAAAACGAAAUAAAUUUGAAAAUUCUCGUUUAUUUAUUCACUCAAAACAUUCAUAUUAUAAUCGUUUAAAAAAAGAAUUCGAUACUAAUAAUGGACAGAAAAUAAUACGUGAAAAUCUAUUUAAUAUAACAAAAACAAUUGAAAUAUUUGGAUAUAUUUGGCGAGAUAGUAAUGAUGAUAAAAUUAUAUCUAUUAGUAAAACAGUAAAACCUCCAAUAUCUAGUUAUGAUAAUAUAACAAACAAUCAAGUUAUGUGUGUUCAAUAUUGUUAUUAA